AUGGCCCACGCAGGAGACGGCAAGCGGGUGCCCUGGCUCCCCGUGCUGGUGGUGUUGCUGCUGUGCUCGGCCAGAGCAGAGUAUUCCAACUGCGGUGAGAAUGAGUACUACAACCAGACCACGGGGCUGUGCCACGAGUGUCCGCAGUGUGGCCCGGGGGAGGAGCCCUACCUGUCCUGUGGCUAUGGCACCAAAGAUGAGGACUAUGGCUGUGUCCCCUGCCCGGCGGAGAAGUUUUCCAAAGGAGGCUACCAGAUAUGCAGGCGCCACAAGGACUGCGAGGGCUUCUUCCGGGCCACGGUGCUGACGCCGGGGGACAUGGAGAAUGAUGCUGAGUGUGGGCCGUGUCUCCCUGGCUACUACAUGUUGGAAAACAGACCCAGGAACAUCUACGGCAUGGUCUGCUACUCCUGCCUCCUGGCACGACCCCACACCAAGGAAUGUGCAGGAGCCAGCUCCGGAGUCUCUGCCAACUUCCCCAGCACCUCUGGCAGCAGCACCCUCUCUCCCUUCCAGCACGCCCACAAAGAACUCUCAGGCCAAGGGCACCUGGCCACAGCCCUGAUCAUUGCCAUGUCCACCAUCUUCAUCAUGGCCAUAGCCAUUGUCCUCAUCAUCAUGUUCUACAUCAUGAAGACAAAGCCUUCUGCUCCAGCCUGCUGUACCAGCCACCCAGUGAAGAGCGUGGAAGCCCAAGUGAGCAAGGAAGAGGAGAAGAAAGAGGCCCAAGACAGUGUGGUGAUUUUCUCUGAGAAGGACGAAUUCGAGAAGCUGACCACAGCUCCAGCAAAGACCAAGAGCGAGAACGACGCGUCAUCAGAGAACGAGCAGCUGCUGAGCCGGAGCAUGGACAGUGACGAGGAGCCUGCCACCGACAAGCAGGGCUCCCCAGAGCUGUGCCUCUUGUCGCUGGUUCACCUGGCCCGGGAGAAGUCGGCGGCCACCAAGUCAGCCGGGAUUCAAAGCCGAAGGAAAAAGAUAUUGGAUGUGUACACCAACGUGUGUGGAGUCGUUGAAGGUCUCAGCCCCACAGAGCUGCCAUUUGACUGUCUCGAGAAGACGAGCCGAAUGCUCAGCUCCACGUACAACUCCGAGAAGGCCGUUGUGAAAACAUGGCGCCACCUUGCCGAGAGCUUUGGACUGAAGAGGGAUGAGAUUGGGGGCAUGACAGAUGGCAUGCAGCUCUUCGACCGCAUCAGCACGGCAGGCUAUAGCAUCCCAGAGCUGCUCACAAAACUGGUGCAGAUCGAGCGGCUAGAUGCCGUGGAGUCCUUGUGUGCAGACAUUCUGGAGUGGGCCGGGCUUGUGCCCCUUGCCUCCCAGCCACCCAUGACAGCCUGA